GGCAAAGGGUUUCUGCAUGAGAACCCAAAAGAAGUUGGUGGAAAGAAGUUUGCGUGUUCUCUCUCCAUCUCACACACACACAGAAAAAAAUCAGAAAGUUGCCAAAAGGCUGUUAGGUCCUCUGCUUUAGGACCAGCCAAGGACAAAUUGCCUCCCAUUUUGCAUUUAGUGUAGUAUGUCUGGGCCAAGUGACUUGAAUUCACUGGAAAAGAUGCCAGAAGACAGUUAUCGUCAUCUAUCUAAGAGCAAGUGGAGCAUGCCCUUCAUUGUUUUCUUCAGAGAUACAAGGCAUGUUUUCAAGAUGGAUGCGCUUGGCUUAGAGAUACUAAGGAUUGCAUUUCCUGCAGCCUUGGCUUUAGCCGCCGAUCCAGUUGCUUCCUUAAUUGACACGGCAUUUAUUGGCCGCUUAGGUCCGGUGGAAAUUGCUGCUGUCGGAGUUUCAAUCGCUAUAUUUAACCAAGCUUCAAGGAUUACCAUAUUUCCCCUGGUCAGUAUAACAACAUCUUUUGUUGCCGAGGAGGAAACUCUCGGAAGAGCUAGUAAUGAAUCCGCAACAGGUGAGGAACCAGAAAAAGGUCGUAUCAAAAUCAGUGAGAUGAAAGGAGUGAUUACAGAAGAUGUUGUGCUUGAGAACCUUGGAAAAGGUUCAGCGACAAAGAGUGAAAAUAAAGAGCUUAGGCAAGAAACCGAUUUGAUCCCAAGUAUUAGUAACUCUCCAUCUGGCACUGAUAGCAACGCGGACAAAUUCAAGUCGUGCAAGGAGAGGAGACAUAUUCCUUCUGCUUCAACAGCAUUAGUUAUUGGUGGUAUUCUUGGUCUUUUGCAAACUUUGUUCCUUAUACUGGGAGCAAAAACUCUCCUGGGUUUCAUGGGUGUCAAAUCUAAUUCUCCCAUGCUGGCUCCCGCGCAAAAGUACUUGACAUUGAGAUCACUUGGCGCUCCCGCAGUUCUUCUCUCUUUGGCCAUGCAAGGGGUCUUUCGAGGAUUUAAGGAUACUAAAACUCCUCUUUAUGCCACAGUUUUAGGAGAUGGUGCAAAUAUCAUUUUGGAUCCCAUACUUAUCUUCGCCUGCCACAUGGGAGUUAGUGGUGCAGCCAUAGCACAUGUUCUUUCUCAGUACUUGAUAGCAAUAAUUCUCUUAUGGAGGCUGAUGAAACAAGUUGAACUCUUACCUCCCAGCAUCAAAGAGUUGCAAUUUCAUCGAUUCUUGAAAAAUGGUGUUCUACUGUUGGCGAGAGUGAUAGCUGUUACAUUCUGUGUUACAUUAGCCGCAUCAAUGGCGGCAAGGCUUGGUUCAACACCCAUGGCUGCAUUCCAGAUAUGUCUACAGGUUUGGAUGACAUCAUCACUCCUGGCUGAUGGUUUGGCUGUCGCUGGACAGGCAAUAUUAGCCAGUGCAUUUGCUGAGAAAGAUUAUGGCAAGGCAACAGCUGCUGCAUCCAGGGUAUUACAGAUGGGUUUUGUCCUAGGCCUUGGGCUUGCUGUUGUGGUCGGGGUUGGUCUGCGAUUUGGAUCCGGUGUAUUUACAAAAGAUGUCAAUGUUCAACAAAUAAUUUUUGUUGGCCUUCCGUUUGUCGCAGCUACGCAGCCAAUCAACUCAUUAGCUUUUGUUUUCGAUGGUGUCAAUUUUGGAGCUUCAGAUUUUGCUUACUCUGCAUACUCCAUGGUUUUGGUGUCUAUUGUUAGCAUUGCUUCCUUGCUCCUUCUCUUUGGGAGCAACGGCUUUGUAGGAAUCUGGGUUGCCUUGACAAUUUAUAUGGGUCUUCGUACGUUUGCUGGUGUCUGGAGGAUGGGAACUGGAACUGGUCCUUGGAGAUUUCUGAGGGGUCAGCGGACGCCACAGGCUUCAUAAUUUUUUGCACAUGCAAUCCGGCAGCAUAGUUCUUGUUGCUAGUUUUUCCUCACUUCGUUUCUGUUUUAAGUGAGGGAAUAAGUUAUCUGUGUCAUGCAUGUUUCGUGCUUAUAUUAUGGUUGACCUGCUCAAUAAACCUGUUCGAAUGCUGCUCUACAUGUACAUCAGAGGGUAUAUAUAAGACUACGACUCUCUCUCUCAAAAAUGGUAAAGAGAAGUUCCCCUUCAGGAACAGAUAUCAAGCACUAGAACUUGUUCCUGUCAACAACCUGGCUAUGUUUGCCUGGACAACUUUGUUGGUUUCUUACAAUUCAAGCUCUCUCUGUCGAAGAUGUUUGGC